GAACAAAAGACUCCACCUCUGAAGUUGAGAGCAGCCUUCCUGGAGCACAGUUAGACAUCACAGAGCUGUGAUCAUACGCACCACGAUGAAACGGAGCCUGAUAACAGCUUUAAUUCUCUGCAGCAUCAGCUGGAUCUCUGUCUCAGGUUCUGAGUCUCACACUGAGACUGUGGAGGGUCGGCCGGGUGGAGAAGUCACACUCACAUGCUCUAACCCGUCCAACCGAGACGCUCUAACACUCUGGUUGAGAGUGGUCAACAGAACCAAGGCCAGCUGGAUCUCCACGAUGACCAGGUCUACAGGAAAACCUUUAUACAGAGAUGGAAUUAAAAAUGGAAGAUUCAACAUGAGUACCAACAUCUCCACUCUCUUUCUCCAAAUCAAACAUGUGGAUGUAUCUGACUCUGGACUGUAUUUAUGUGGAUUUUACAUUGAAGGACGUUAUAAUUUCAGCGCGAUACACUUCAAUGUUAAAGACAGUGAUGAUUCUCAUGAUGACGCUGACAGGAAGUCUGAAAGCAGCGAUGAAUCUCAUGAGGACAGGAAGUGUGAAACAGAGUCUGAUGGAACAGCAAAGCUGAUGAGUUUGAUCCUGGGAGCUCUGACUGUUCUCCUCUUAAUGGUCAUCAUUGGUCUGGUUGUUAAAAACAGGAAACUUCAGAAAGCUGCCAAUGAAGAACAGAAUCCACAACAGCCUGAGAAUCUGGACUCUGACCUGAAAGAUGCAGCACUGAGUUUGUAUGCAGCAACAAUAAGGAAGAGGAGGCCUGCAUCAGAGAGAGAAGUGGAGACUCAUGCUGUUUAUGCUGUCUGCAGAUAGACUCAGAGUGGAACUGAUGCUUUAUCAUAUUCAUCUCCUGCUGUCUUCUUUUGUGGGUGAAUGGAGAGGAGUUCACCUUUUCUUUUAAAAAAAAGAGUAAAAUAAAACCACUAAGCUUUUAAUCUCA